AUGAGUCCUAUACGAGAUAAGAUAACAGACGGCAUUACCAUUGGCACUCUAGUCUUUCAAAGUCCUCUCCAUUUCUUAGACGCUUUUUUUUAUAAAGGACACGAUGAGAGCGUUUUAUUUGUACCUCGCUCUGGCACUUACAAACGUUGGGUCGCAUAUGGCCGAAGCGGUCAUGUGCUACAAAUGCGAUCACGUGGCCCACCCGCGUGACUGUGACAGGAUUGUGGAGUGCGCGGCAAACGAGGUUUGUCACGUGAUCAGCUACGCCCAGCCCGACGGUCAUUUCUAUUACGUGACUGGGUGUAUGGCGAAAACGUCUUGCCCUGCCUCAAUGGCGAUAGGCAAGCGGGACAUCGCGAUCUGUAAUCGCUGCUGCGAUGGCCACUACUGCAACAAGGAACUGUGCGACGGACCAGCACCGGCCGGCCACGGUUCACGUUGUUUGUCAUGCGACUCGGUAGAGGACCCUACCCACUGCGGGGCAGUCACAGAAUGCGGUCAGGGGCAGGUUUGCUUCACAAAGGAAAAGUACGUGUUUGGAGAGCUACGUUAUCAACUGGGAUGCGCUGACCCGGCAUGUGCCCCUAGGACCUAUAGGGACCUUUUGAACAAACGCGCAGGACUGUGUCAGACAUGCUGCUCUACGGAAAACUGUAACAGGGAUCUUUGUAAAAACACAGGGUCGCCUCACACGCAGUCUCCUCACACCGUCGCCACCGCAAUUCCCUCGACGCACGGCAUCGCCACAACGUCACAUACAAACGUCGUUGCGACCACAUUCCCCUACAACCUACAGGGGUGCCACUACAAGGGCAAGGUAUACCACCAGGGUCAGACCUGGGACGAGGGGUGCGACUUCCGGUGCACGUGUGAGGACGAGCGUACAGGAAGAUACGUCUGCCAGGACAUAUGCCCUACGUACAUCAAUGUUCCACAGGGCUGCACGAUGCAGAAGACAGCCGGGGAGUGCUGCGAACAUCCGGUCUGUCACAGCGGCUCGACGAACUUCACGACCCUCAACUACACCGCCGCCAUAUUGAUCACUAAGUGUGCGUACAAGAACAAGACUUACGAGCAGGACGCCAAGUGGAGGGACGGCUGUGACUACGAGUGUACGUGCAUCGACGCAUCACGCGGUUACUACCGCUGCACCUCGCUGUGCUACACGUGGAAUUUGCCGCAGCAAUGCCACCUAGCGGAUCCAGCCCCCGGAAAGUGCUGCCAGACUCCGUCGUGUCCCCCGCAGUAUACCAUCAAGUUCCCGCCCGGCUAUAUAGAAAACUGAGGUCGAUACCUCGAUCUUAUCAUAUAUCCACGAAUAAAAUGAUUCAAAGUCA